UUUUGUUUUCUUCAGAUCAGGAUCUAUUUUAUUUUAGAUUUUUUAUUCAAGACACAGAAUUUUCGAAUUUUGUGCUAGAGGCUUGAGGUGUCUAGAGUGUUUUUUGUGGUCUCAUCAUGCCUCAAGGAAGAAAGAAAACUCCAUUUAGUGGAAAAGCUAAGAAAGAACAACUCAAAGCAAAGAAACAGUCCAGAGGACAAGGUGGCAGAAAUCCUGUUCUCUUGAAAAAUCCCAAAGAUGCAGAAGGCUCUAGCAAUAUACAAAAAAUCAAUUUUCAGCCCACCAAAGAUGGUAGGUCCAGACCAAACCGAUAUGCAUUACAAUUUUUCAGAGAGAGUAAUGAGGAAAAGGCUAGACAAAAAGAAAUUGCUCGUCACAGCUUAGAGCCUAAAGAUGAAAAAGAUUUAGAAAUAGAUGGAGAUCAGUUCUUUGAGAAAGUUUUAGAUUUCCCUAAAAGACCUCCCUGGAAUUUUGAAUUAGGAAAAGAUGAAUUGGAAUCACAAGAAAAUAGAUAUUUCACUGGAUAUCUUAAUGAAAUUGAGAAGAAUUAUGAUUGGAAAGAGUUGAGCCUGUUUGAAUUGAAUCUAGAAACUUGGAGACAGUUAUGGAGAGUUCUAGAAAUGUCUGAUAUCAUUCUGUUCAUUGUGGAUAUUAGAUUCUCUGCCAUUAUGUUUCCACCAUCUCUUUAUGAAUAUGUCACCAAAACAUUGAAGAAAGAUUUCAUACUAGUAUUAAAUAAAAUAGAUUUGGCACCAGCAAGUUUGGUAGUAGCAUGGAAACAUUAUUUCCAAAACAAAUAUCCAAACUUACACAUUGUAAUGUUCACUACAGUGCCUGGAUACAAUUUAGUUGGAAAACAAUCUGAUAAAGCAGGCUUGCAAGUGCGUCGAAGAAAAGGCAGAAUACGUAUGGCAGCUGAAGGAACUCAACAGAUCCUCGAAGUUUGUCAAAAACUAGUUGGCGACAAAGUCGACCUCAGUUCAUGGCAGAAGAAGAUCAAAGAAGAAAUGUCCGAUGAGGUCGCCGAUUCUGAGGAUGACGGGCCGGAAAUAGGCGAAACGUUACACGUCAAGAGCGUCGAUACGCAGUUCUAUCAAUACCAAAAGUUCAAUAAGGGCGUGUUGACCGUUGGUUGUGUAGGACAGCCGAACGUUGGAAAAUCUUCGCUGAUGAACGCCAUGAUGGGCAAAAAGGUAGUCAGCGUGUCGAGGACUCCGGGACACACCAAACAUUUCCAGACCAUCUUUCUCACGCCUAACGUGAAACUGUGCGACUGUCCUGGCUUGAUUUUCCCUUCCAAGGUCCAGAAACCGUUGCAAGUGCUGAUGGGCAGUUUUCCCAUUGCUCAGUUGAGUCAGCCGUUCAUCGCCGUCAAAUAUCUAGCCGAGAGGUUGGACUUGGUGUCGUUGCUGAGGAUAGAACAUCCCGACAACGACGACACGUGGUCGGCGAUGGACAUUUGCGACGGGUGGGCCAAAAAGAGAGGUUUCUUGACCGCCCAUGCCGCCCGACUCGAUACCUACAGGGCGGCCAACAGCCUGUUGCGGAUGGCGCUGGACGGGAAGAUUUGUUUGUGUCUCAGGCCGCCGUCCUAUGCCGAGAAAAAAGAAUAUUGGGCAUCACAUCCUGAAGUGAAAACUGUUAAAUGGAUCCAAGCUAGAUCGACAGAAGAAGAACCAGCUGAACCGCAUUUCUCCCACCAAAGUGAUUUGUCAGAUGAAGAAUCCAUACCGGAUAGGGAAAUUGAAGACGGAAAUGAUUCGGGCAGUGAAGACAGUGAAGAAAGUGAAGGUAGUAGUGAAGAAGAGCAAACUCCUUUUUCAGCAAACAAAUUUGCAUUACUUGGUCCUGAUGAUUGAAUUUUUUUAUACUAAGUACUCCGAAUUUGAAGCUUCCAGGUGAAAAUUUACUAGAAUUAAUAAAAAUGUUGAUUGAUUUC